AUGAGGCGCAUGCGCGUUGUGGACGGGCGCUGGGGCUGUAACGGCUCGGCGCGGAGAGGCCGGGCGGGGCUGGCCGCUGCCGGUAGCGGCCGCGGCGGCGGGGCGGAGGAGUUCGCCGAGCCCGGCGGCGGCCAAGAGGGCUGGCGGGGCCAGUCGCGGGGCUCGCUGCAGCAGCUGGCGGAGCGGUACGCGGACCUGGCGGCCAGCCACAGCGAGGCGCUGCGGCAGCGGGAGGAGCGGGAGUGGCACAACGCGCGGCUGCGCCAAGAGAACGCGCGGCUGCGGCUGGAGAAUCGCCGCCUGCGCCGCGAGAACCGCUGCCUCUUCCGCCAGGCCCUGCUGGGGCCCGGCCCCGGCGGCCCCGACAAGCCCGCCGCCCUGGACGCGGGCGAGGAGGCGGAGGCCCUGCGCGCCCAGCUGGGGCGGCUGCAAGAGAAGCACCGCCGGGCCUUGCAGCACCUGCGGCGCUGCCGGGCCGCCGGCGGGCCGGAGGCCUCGGAGCUGGACGACGGGGAGCUGAACGAGCUGCUGGAGGAGGACGAGCAGCCGCCGUCUCCGCCCGAGCAGCCGCUGGAGAAGAGGAGCCUAGUGCCGCCCGUGUAG